UCCACUGCAAACAUAUCGUGGAACCUACAAAACAGCUGACAUUACAGCAAAGCUGCACACAGCAGAGAGACGAAUGAGGUGAAAGGAUAGCAGAGGUGACAGCUCUUAGACUGUUGGCAGCAUGUGACUAACUCUCACCGACAAAGUCUGUGUGGCAGGAACAGUGGGAGGACAAGACAAUCACCGCAGAGGAAAAAUAAAAAAACAACAAGAGGAGAACAGAGUCAAGCCAGCAGAGGACUGCAGCCGAAACUAAGCCAUUGCCACCAAGGAACGGAAGGGACAGUUAUCAAAAAGGUAAACUUUGCAACAGUAAAUCCAAAGAAGGGAAAGGCGGAAGGUGAACCAUGUGAAAACAUGGUCUCUGCCAGGUCUCCCAACAGCUUGCAGCAGUGUCAGCAGAGCAGUUUUGUUAAGCCAUUUUUAGGGCCUACUCUCAGAAAGAGCAAUGCCUCUGUUCAGCUGGAUGAAGUGGUUGCAUCAAACGAAAGCGCAGACUGAAGAAUCUCUGAACAGAACAGAGGUCGUGCCCAGUCAUAUGCUGCUCGCAGAGCUCCUUUGGCACAUAGAGGAGCGAGAACGUCUGGCCAGACAACUGGAGCGAGAGAACAGGCUGGCCCACAGUGCCCUGGGUCUCCGCUGGUUUCAGAAACACCCAAGGCUACAAACACUACUCUCGUCGUCAGAGCUACACCAGCUAGAGUUCCUCUGUUCUCAGGUUCCCCAGAUCCACACAGCAACAGUCAUCUCCAGGUUUCGUGAAGUUCUUGGUACUAACGACGUACGGCCCUGGGAGCUGGCAUCUGUCUUCAAGCACAUUCUGAUAGACUUCCUCAACCAAAGAGAAUAUAGUGAAGAAGACAGCCUGUCAAUGGCGGUUUGGAGAAGCCAGUGCGAGAGGCAGUGCUUUGUCACUCCCAUUACACCCCAGUGGGGAGGUCAACAGAGGGAAGAGAUCCCAACAGUUUCUGGAUAUGUGGAUCGAGCCAUGAGGCACUCAACUUCAUUCACGCCCAGCGGGGUCUGGGAUCUUCCGUAUUACUACCCUGGGCCUCGACGACCCAAAGGAGAGAGCACAACACUGUGAGAGGACACACCUCUUCACAGCUUUGACUGCUACAUAAGUAAACUGUGGCAUGGAGACAGAGUUCCAUUUAUAGCAUUAUUUAACAAAAUGUGAAAACAUCCUAUAAAAUACUGAGGAUGAACCCUGAAUAUAUUCCUCAUUGAAUGAUUGGUUUAAACACAAAUGAAAAAAAAAAAAAAAAAGUAUUGUUCCUGGUGUCUGUAGCAGUCCUGCACUACGUGAGAAUACACACUUUUCUUUAUUUUUAUUUCUUUAUUUAUUUUAUCUUUAUUGAUUCUCAGGAAAUUAUAAUUUACAUAGGCCUGUUCUUCACUGAAUUAACUCCAUUUGAAAUAAAGUGAACAAGUAAGGCAUUGCAUUAUAGCAGUCCAAACAAAGCAGUGAUUUCACUUCCCCGGGAAGGACUAUAAAACAAUAAGAAAUAAAAAGAGAACAAGAACAAAAACUAAAAAGGAAACACAACAAUGAAAAAACUUAAUAAAAUUUAACAUAUUAGGAGAGUGGAUUGGUGAGGAGAUUCAAUCAAGUUUGGUGUCUAAAAUUGAAAUCAGAUCUUUUAAGUUUUACAUAGUCUACCUAUAUCCGCCACCGCUGACAGAAUUGCUAAUUCUUGUGAUUGGGAGAGGGUGUUAUUUUUUCCAUUUUAUAUAUGUUAAAUGUUAUUUCCAGUCAUCUAAAGUUAGUUUGUCCUGUGAUAACCAUUUUCUUGUAAUGUUUUUCUUACUUGCUGUGAAUAAAAUAUUCAUUAAAUAUUUA